AUGGGUCUGCUUGCCCUAGGAACGCCUCUUGACUGGCCAGAGGCCAAGAAAGUUGCUGGUCAGGUCAGGUCAUGGGGAAUUGAACAACUGCUCGCCAUCUGGCGCAAUGCCAAAGGCAAGGAGAGGGAUGCGCUCCUUUGGGGGGACGAGAUCGAGUACUUGGUUGUUUGCUAUGAUCAAGACAAUCACAAGGUUCGAUUGUCGCUCCGCCAGGCAGAUAUCCUAGCCGCGCUGGCCAACGACGAGAAACUUCUGCAGCAAGGCGGCGGGGUACCUGACCUACAAACCGGAAACGCCGACGCAAAGGAUAACCCUGCACCGGUCUUCCAUCCCGAAUUUGGGAGGUUCAUGCUGGAAGCAACUCCUGGAAAGCCAUGGGGCAUUGGCUUCAAGGACCUGCUUGAUGUUGAACCAAACAUGAAAUGGAGACGAGCCAUAGCCAAGGAUCACAUGGCACAGAGCGAGUUUCCAAUCACAUUGACGACAUUCCCUCGUCUCGGAUCGGCAGAUUGUAUCGUACCAUCAUAUCCUGUUUCUGGGCCCAAGCUACGAUCCCAAUUUGUACCGGAUGAAAUUGCCAACCCGCAUAUUCGCUUUCCUACCCUAGCGGCAAACAUUCGUUGGCGCAGGGGCCGGAAGGUCGAAGUAAAUGUCCCAGUUUUCAAGGACGAGAGCACACCGUGGCCGUGGAAGGAUCCUACAGUCAAUUACAACAUGCACAACUGGCCUGAAGAUGACGACGUUCGCAAUGGUGCUGCCAAGGACAACUACAUCCACAUGGACGCCAUGGCGUUUGGUAUGGGAAGCUGCUGCUUGCAGAUUACCUUCCAAGCAAAGAACAUUGAGGAAGGAAGGAAGAUGUACGAUCAGCUCAGCCCAAUAGCACCCAUCUUGUUAGCAUUGACGGCGGCGACACCAAUCUAUAAGGGUUUCCUGGCCGACACCGAUGUGCGAUGGAACCAAAUUAGCAGAGCGGUCGAUGACCGCACACCGGAAGAACUAGGAGAGAAGCCGCUCAAGAACGACCGAUGGAGACUACCCAAGUCGCGCUAUGCGUCAAACUCAACCUACAUUUCCCAGGAUCCUCGCUUGCGGCCUGAGUAUCUCGACCCGGAUCUCAUUAUCGACACCGACAUCAAGCAGCGCCUGGUUGAGGGCGGCAUGGAUGAUCUUCUUGCAACACAUUUUGCUCACCUCUUCAUUCGUGAUCCUAUUGUCGUUUUCGCAGAAGACCUCCAGGAUUUGGACCUUACCAAAGCCGACCACUUUGAAAACUUGCAGUCAACCAACUGGCAGCACAUGCGCUUCAAGCCACCGCCAGCUGGUUCUGACAUGGGUUGGCGUGUUGAGUUCCGUCCGAUGGAGAUUCAAAUUACUGACUUCGAGAACGCUGCCUUCUCGAUCUUUAUCGUGCUUCUGACCCGUGCCAUCCUCUCGUUCAAUCUCAACUUCUACAUACCCAUCACAUUGGUGAGCGAAAACAUGGAAACAGCACACAUCCGCGACGCCGUAUCAACACAGAAAUUCUGGUUCCGAAAGAAUCCCUUCUCGACACACAAGCCCAGUGGAACAGGUACAUCGACACCUGUGAGGAACGGCAGUCGUCCAGCGACGCCUACCGGCCCUGUUGGGGAAGAGUAUGAGCAAAUGUCAGUCAACGAGAUUAUCAAUGGGCAGACAAAUUCAACCGAUGGCAAUGGCUUCCCCGGCCUUAUUCCGCUUGUUGAGUCUUAUCUCAACAGCAUGAACGUCGACGUUGAAACGCGCUGCGAUCUCGCCACCUACUUGGAUCUGAUCCGUAAGCGCGCUAACGGUACAUACUGGACUGCGGCCAAGUGGAUCAGGCAUUUUGUCCAAACACAUCCGGCGUACAAAAAAGACAGUGUUGUUGGAGACGAUAUCACGUACGAUCUUGUCAAGGCUGCAGAGCAGAUUACUCGUGAAGAGGGCCGGGAUGGGUUAGGCAAGGAGAUGCUGGGAAAGCGACGUUGA